GUGGCUGUCCCUCGGUCUCUGUAGCUCAGGUUGCCCGGCGGCCGGAUUCGGUACCAUGUCCAGGAAGCAGAGUGUUCGGCCCCGGCCGGGGAAGAAGGCCGGGAUAGAGAGAAAGAGGGACGAGCGGGCAGCCCGGCGGGCUCUGGCUAAAGAGCGCAAGAACCGGGCCGGGGAGGCGGGGGACGCCGAGGAGUUUGUUAGCUUCACUAAUCAGCUGCAAGUCCUGGGGCUCCGGAUGAGAGAAGUGCCUGGUGACGGGAACUGCCUAUUCCGAGCCCUGGGUGACCAGCUGGAGGGUCACUCGCGGAACCACCUCAAACACCGCCAGGAGACCGUGGACUACAUGAUCCGACACCGCGAUGACUUCGAGCCCUUCGUGGAAGACGACGUCCCCUUUGCCAAACACGUGGAAAAUUUGGCGCAGCCGGGCACGUUCGCCGGUAAUGACGCCAUUGUGGCCUUCGCUCGCAGUAACCAAGUGAAUGUCGUCAUUCACCAGCUCAACAAUCCGCUGUGGCAGAUCCGAGGUUCAGAUAAGUGCAACGUCCGCGAGCUGCACAUCGCCUAUCGGUACGGGGAGCACUACGACAGCGUGCGGCACAUCAAUGAUAACGCCGAGACGCCGUCCAACCUGCAGACCGAGAUGUCUUCCAAAGACGAGUCCAAUCGGAAAGGGAAGCAAAAGUCCAAUCCGUCAGAUGAGCGGCAGGGGGACGCGGUGCAGAAAGUGCGCAACGCCACCGGUUGUGCGGACGUCCACCUGAUCCUGCAGAGCCUGGAAGCCGAGAGCUACGACAUAGAGUCCACUAUUCAGGUCAUUCUGCAGAUGGAGGAGCUGAAACACAUCGCAGACAUCGGCCCGGACUACAUCGCUGAAGAAGGCGGCUGCUACGGGAGGCCGGAACGCACAGGGAACCACGGCACCGUAUCCGAGACCGCGACCGGACCAAAGGCAGCGCAACCGGAGGACACCGCCGAUCCGAGGAAUGUUCCGGAAGAGAACAAAGACAACCAAAAGUUCAGUAACAAGCAGCGGAAGGAGCAGCAGCGACUGCAGAAGAAGAAGCGGCAGGAGGAGAAGCACCGGCAGCGGGUGCAGGAACUACGGAUUAGUAACAUGGACAAUAAUCGGCAGGAGGAGGAGGACAGGGAUGCGGCCGGCGUUACGGUUGUGAAAGCUCUCACCGCUCUGAACAUUUGAUUGG